GAUUGGCAGAGAGGGGUGGAGGACACUGAGUGGAGGCCAGUGGAGGGAUUGGCAGAGAGGGGUGGAGGACAAUGAGUAGAGGUCAGUGGAGGGAUUGGCAGAGAGGGGUGGAGGACACUGAGUGGAGGACAAUGAGUGGAGGUCAGUGGAGGGAUUGGCAGAGAGGGGUGGAGGACAAUGAGUGGAGGUCAGUGGAGGGAUUGGCAGAGAGGGGUGGAGGACACUGAGUAGAGGUCAGUGGAGGGAUUGGCAGAGAGGGGUGGAGGACACUGAGUAGAGGCCAGUGGAGGGAUUGGCAGAGAGGGGUGGAGGACACUGAGUAGAGGCCAGUGG